AUGGUUGACAUGGAUGAAGAACGUCUUCAGAUCUAUAUAAGAGAUCUUGAGCGUCGCACACAGUCACAAGUUGCAGAUCGAACUAAGCUUAAGGAUGCUAUUCCGCUUUCUGAAACGCAGCUGAGAAAAAUGGAUAGUACAUUAAAAAAGACGACAGCUUUUUUGAAGAAAUUAAAGAAUUUUGGGACUGCACAAUUUGAAUCACUUUUACAAGAUAUUGAAAAAGUAAAUUUAUCGAAGUUUUUGGAAGAGAUGGCGAAGACAGUAGCUGACAUAAAACUAAAAUAUAGUGAUGUGCAAGCAAUUGUUAAUAUUUGUGUACAUUUGUCUUGUUAUUAUGAAGAAUUUUCUCGAAACCUACUUCUUGAGUUCCGCAAGUUGUUGCCUGUGAAACGAAAUGAUAAGAUUCAAAAUCCGUCAAAAUUGCGCGUUGACAUCAGACUGUUAGGGGAAUUAUGUCUUCAUGGUGUUUUUCAAAAAGAUGGUCUUCAGCUUCUUGGCUCUGCGCUUGCUUUUCUUACUCUUACAGAUAAAACUGAUCAUCUUAAUAUUCCAAUCUUGCUGCCAUUUUGUAAAACUAUGAAUGCAGACUUGCUGGGUUUGCAUCCUUAUUCAGUGAAACAAUUUGCAUUAGCAGCGAAUGUUGAGUUGCCAGAAACAACUGUUUUACCUGGCGAGCAUCAGAAACCACUCGCUCAGCUUCUUUUGGAUUAUCAUGAUCUGCAUGAAAUGAAUCAUUUACUUCUCUCAGUAAAACGUCAAAUACGAAACCGUGGUGACGCUAGUUCUGAGGACAAAAAUCAACUUGAAGAAGUACGUGUACGUUAUGAAAAAAUCUUAACAUGUGGGAUUCAACUCAGUGAAUUUUUGGGCCUUGAGAUGGAAGAAAUGAAGGAAGAACAGAGCGAGGAUGAAGAAGAGGAAAUUUCGGCGUUAGCUUUGAGUCGUGCUCUGCAAGAGGGGACUAUUACUAUUUGGCCCGAUGAAGACACUCGCCAGUUUUAUGAAACAAGAAUGGAACUACGUGAACUUGUUCCUGCAAUCCUUUUCCAAGAAUCAGAGAAAAGAACUUUAGAUCUAGUCGAACGAGAAAUUGAAGAUGUUGAUUUGAGUGGCUUGGAAUCAAUUAGUGAAGAACCUGAAGAAGAAGUUGAUGGUCAUGUUGAAGGUGUAGAAGAAGAAGAAGAAGUGAAUACAGGUUCAGCUGAGACAUAUGCAUCAGUUGCAGUGAAACAGGCUGAAGGGCAAAAAAUGACUGGACUAGAUUUGAAAGUUAUGAUAAAUGCGUUUAUGGAAGAACUUCCUUGGCUGAUCAAUAGAGACCUGAUCGACCAAGCUGCUCUUAAUUUUGUUACAAAUUUAAAUACUAAGAAUAAUAGGAGAAAACUGUGUCAGAUGAUGCUCGAGCAACAUCAAAAUCGACUAGACUUACUGCCGUUUUAUGGGCGUCUAGUGGCAACUCUAGAACCAGUUAUGCCUGACUUGGCCUUAGAACUGUCACAUUCAUUGCUUCGACAGUUUCGUGCAUCUGUGAAAAACAGGACAGAAUACUCUCUUUCCAGGAAAUUGAGAUGCUGUCGUUUCAUCUCGGAAUUGGUAAAAUUUGGCACAAUACCAAAAGCUGAAGGCCUGACUUGUUUACGUAUGGUACUUUUCGAUUUUCGAGGCCACAACAUUGAUAUGUGCUGUACAAUGGUUGAUGCAAUGGGUCAAUUUUUAUAUCGUUCAACAGAUAGCCAUGGCAAAAUGAAAACAUUGCUUGAAGUUAUGAUGAAAAAGCGUGAGCGUAUUAAUGAUACUCACAAGCAGAUGAUAAUAGAUAAUGCCUUUUUUACGUGCAUUCCACCUCCAUUAGAAGAGAAACCAAAAGCAGAAAGCGAUCCAGUGCAUGAUUUUAUCUGUUAUCUGUUAAGCAGUUUGUCACGUUGUCGAAUGGAAAUUACUUUGCGAUGCUUUAGAAAAUUAGAUUGGGCCGAUCCUGAGCUUGCGAAUUUCGCAGUUGGAUGUCUCAGUAAUCCAUCUCUACCACGAUACAGCAGUAUACCUCAUCUUGCUUCACUGAUAGCGGCACUUUCUUCCUAUCAUGACUGGAUUGGUAUUCGUGUGCUUGAUGCAACGCUUGAAGAUAUUCGAAUAGCUUUGGAAAUGAAUAGUUUUUCAUUUAAUCAGAGCUUAGUACUGUCAGUAAUGCUUUUGGGCCAGUUAUACAAUUACAGUGUCUGCGACUCUCCCAUCAUAUUCAAAACUCUCUAUCAGUUGAUUACCUUUGGUGCUUUUGAUCCACUGUUGGAUAACUGGAAUAAUCUUGCUCGAAUUAAUCUCGUUUGUGAUUUACUGUUGGUGUGUGGCGAAUACUUCAACAGUGGUUCUGCUAAAAGUAGAUUGGACUGCUUCUUAGCAUAUUUUUACCGUUAUUUUGUUGUCAAAGAAGAAGCAUUUAAAGUUCGAAAUAUUGCUUUUCCAAAAAAUGUGAGGCUUUAUGUACGAUUUCGUGUGGAAGAAAUGAAUGAUUAUGUAAGGAAGGAUACAAAAAUACCGGAUUCUUUUGAUGAAGCGCAAAAAGCAAUCGAUAUAAUUCAGCAGCGAUACAAAAAUGCGAUGGAGUCGUCUACACGAGGAGAAUCGUUGCAAACUGUAGAGGAUAUGGAGGAAGAAGAAGAAGAACCUCGAAAAAGACAACUAAUUACUGAUGCUAAAGACGAAGAGAUUGGUAGCAGUGAAAAUAUCAAUGCAUUAGUCUAUGACGAUAACGAACAGGUGAAUGUGCAUACCAGUCAUAUUUCUCAACCCGAAGAUGAACUAUUUGUUCAAACUUCUGCUGGCGACAGCAAAUUAGAAAAUAUAUCUAAUUCAAAAACGGAAACAAAGAUGGCAAUCUUAACUCGUGGAAAAGGAAAUAAAACGGUAUUAAAAGCGAUUGCCAUGGAUAUACCAGAUUCUUUGACAAAAAUAUGGAAUGCACAACGGGAAAAAGAGCGGCAGGAAUUAACCGUUCACAAACACAUAACACUGAGUAUGAACGAGCGUAUGAUGAUGGACGCUGAUAGUGAUUCUCUAUCGGAUUAA